GCUGCCGACCAGCAAAGUUUCCUCUCGCUGUCGGAAGCGUCUGUCCCCGGCGGAGCGGAGACGCGCUUGCAAACCUAGAUGUCAGUAAUGCUCUUGUAAAUACGCCCGGUAAGCAAUGAGUUCCAAAGCAGACCACUCCUAAGUAGCUAUGUCUACACAGCCCGAGGGACUUUAAUCCACCAGCACCUGCGUGUCUCAGACGACACGCUCUCUGCACUGACCCAAGUCUGUCGGAGGAAGAGGAAGAGGAGGAGGGGGGAGAGGGAGAGGAAGAGGAAGAGGAAGAGCCAGCUGCAGCGUUGGCUGUUCUGACCGAUCGAUGCCCGGCCCCCGCCGCGGUGGCCACGCCUCUCUCGCCGGACGCGGACGUCUCCCCCGGAUCCCCGCUGAAGCCGCCUGACCCCCGGGGCCCCCCCGGCCCCCCGCUGGGCGCCGCCAUGCACCUGGAGGUGAAGGUGGCCCUGAACUUCAUCAUGUCCUACCUCUACAACCGGCUGCCCCGCCGCCGCGCGCACCUCUUCGGGGAGGAGCUGGAGAGGCUGCUGGUGGCCCGCUUCCAGGGCCACUGGUACCCCGAGGCCCCGCUGCGGGGCUCCGCCUUCCGCUGCCUGCACCUGGGCGCGCCCCCCGACCCCCUGGUGGAGCUGGCGGCCCGCCGCAGCGGCCUGGACACCGAGGAGGUCCGGGCCAACGUCCCGCCGGGCCUCAGCGUCUGGAUCGACCCCUACGAGGUGUCCUACCAGAUCGGGGAGAAGGGGGCCGUCAAGGUGCUGUACCUGGAGGACCCCCGCGGCCCCCCGGGCGGGGCGGGGGAGCCGGGGCAGCACGAGGCGGAGCUGCAGGAGAGGGAGGGCCGGAGCGCCGGGUUCAACCCCGAGGCUCAGGUCUUCGUGCCCGUGGGGGGGCUCUCCAGCUCCCCGCCUUCGCCCCUCUCCUGCCCCGGCCUCGGGUUCGGCUUCCCUUCUCCCGGCCUCUGCCCCGCCCCGGCGGCCGCCCCGCACUCCUCCUCCUCCUCGUCCUCCACCACCGCCAGUUUCGCCGCCACCAAGUUCGGCUCCACCAAGAUGAAGAGGAGCGGCCUGGCGGGGACGGGAGGAGGAGGAGGAGGAGGAGGAGGCGGGGGGGGAGGGGUGGCCCCGCAGAGGAUGGUGCGCUCGCCGACGAACGUCGCCCACUCCCUCCUGGGCAAGCAGAAGCCGCUGUCCCUCUCCCUGCACUCCCUGGGAGGCCUGGGCGGCAGCCAGCUGUCCCCCAACGCUAAGGAGUUCGUCUACCCAGGAUCCCCCGGGGCGCUGUAUUUCGACGCCGAUGCGCCGUCAUCCCAUGCCAGCCCCUUCCAGCCCCCUCCGCCGCCGCCCCCCGCUCCCCCUCACACUCACCCCCACCCCUCGUUUGACCCCUUCUCCAGCCCCCCUCCAGGCUCCGGGGUGGGGCUCGUUGGCGGCGGCGGUGGGAUCUCCAGUAGCCUCUACAUGGACAAGCCUGCCUAUGUGGACAGCCUGGGCGGCUACAACCUCCAGUACCCCAGCCAAGCGUUUCAGCCCGUCGUCUUGGCCAACUGAUGGACCUUCUCUGGCCGCGGGUGGGGUGACGGACGUGAGAAACAGUUCUAUUUUUUUGGGGGGGGGGUAACUUUCUUCUUACUGGAAUUACUGCUUGGAGGAGUGUUAUCACUACUAACAUUACCAUUAUUGCACACGUCGUAGUUUAUGUACGUUCUGAGUUCGUUAAAUGAGGUUUGGGGGUACCCAGAAGCCUGUUGCACAGUAGUGUCCCCUCCCGGUCCAUCCUGCAUUUAAAAAUGAACGGAUGAAGCUUGGGUCACAGCGGGGGUAUCUAGUGGGCUCCUAAUCUGUGUGCUGAAGCAAUCCUUUCCUGUCAGGCACGAGGAGUCGCUCCAGAGCGCGCUGGCGAAUACCAGGUCGGGAGACGGUCCUCUCCGCUCCAGACUUUGGGCCACAUUUGCUCAGAUUUCACUUAGACAGACCAGCGGUCUGAGGCACUUGGUUGCAGGUUCCUGUGGAGGGCUUAGAGGAGACCCUCGCGUGUUCUGUCCCCGCCUGUAGCAUUAAUGACCCAGGAAGGGCACCCCCAGUGCUGGACCAGACUGAGAGCAGCACCUUGAUUCCAACACCCCCACUGCUGGGAAGGGUUAGUUGGUUUGUCUGUUCCCCCCCCUCGUUGAUGUGCACCAGCCUCUGUUGAGAGGCGUGUGAAGCCUUUCAUUUCUCAAGGCAGGACAGCCCGAGAUCUCUCCAGCUCCCCGGGCGUGUGGGCUCGGGCUUCCUGUGUGCGGUCAGGCUGGGCCGAGGCCUGCAGGGAGAGCUGACCGGUCGGGCGGUCAGUCGGCGUUGUGCUUGGCCGAGCGGGGCGAUAGCCGGGGCAGUAGGGUGUGAAGGAGAGGAGAGGAGGCGCCCGAGUCCUGACCAGACUGUGAUAAAUGGAUUAGCGCUCCUCUGUUGUGAAGGACAAAUUUGAUCCAGGUGGAGGGGGGAGGAGGGGGGGUGGUAUUUAUUGCAGCCUGUGGUUGCUAUGGAGUCCAGUCUGUCCAUUCCACCCUGCGUGUCCAUACUCUCUGUGCUCUGUUCCUGGACCGUGGAGCCAAUGUGGAGGUUUUUAACUGAGCUAUUAACCGUUGAUGUGCUUUUUUUGUUUUUUUUUUCUCCUUUUUGGUUCGUGGUUUCGCUGUGUGGGAGGUGUGGGGUUACUGUGAGUCCAGUCUGCACUGAAACGGAAAGCUGUUGGUCCUGUUGGCCGAGGCUCCGAGCCCUAGUCCACUUGUGGGGCUGUACUGCCUGAGGGCUGUGGCUCGGAGGUGGUCUUGGAACCCCAGUGCUGAUGGCUGCUGGUCUUGCCCUGGCGGUACAGCGAUGUCGAACCCUUGCCUCGGAUUUUCCUCCUGAGCCCCCGGGUUCGAGGCCUGGCGUUGAACGCGCGUGAGUCGCCGGGGGUGCGCGGCGAGGUGCCGGAGAGUUCGUGAGCCGCUCGCCCGUUAGGAGCGAGCUCGGAGGGCGGCGCCCCCGGGUUGCUGGGGGGAUAUGGAAAGCGGGGGCUGGUACCAGUGGGCGGGGGUGGAGGAGGGGCCCGGCUCGUGUCUCCGGGUCCUCACUGGUGCUGCCGAGGGGCUGCGUUUGAGGUUCCUCUAGGACUGGGGGGGCGGAGUUACGUGGAUUGUGGGUGACCCUCAGUGUAGUGUUGUGGAUCCCCGAUCCCCCUGGUUUGGGGUCCUCUGUCUCUGGAUCUGAUGAGGUCUCGGGGUGUCGGCUCACAUGGGGGGGUGAGAGUAUAUGCAGGCCCGGUUCUGGUUCCAGUUGGGCUCUUGCCCCGGACCCGCUGGCCUGCUGAGCAGCUGCUCCUCCGCUCUGAAGCUGCUGCUGGUGUUUUGGGGGUACACCUGUCAGUCUUCCUGGGCUGGGACUGCACAUGCCCCUGCAACGGGGAUUGUGGGGUGCUUUGGCGGUGGGGGGGAGGAUGUGUUUCAGAACAGCUGUGGGAGAUCCAGCUAGCCAGGGCGCUGUGCUUUUUUUCUGGGAGGGGGGGGGCUGUUCCGAAGUCGCGUGGACACGUUCUUUGCCGACCCGACUUCCGCUUGACGUCAUCGCGCUGCCUUUUAUCCUGCGUGUCGACAGCACUUUCCUCAUCUCGUGUUCCUUUCUAAAGAAAAUGAUUUAAUAGGUUUGUAAAAGUAAGAUAUUAUAUAUAUAUAUAAAAAUGUGUAUAUAUUUCCUAACGUACGUUAUUAUCGAGGAAAUGUUUUUUUCAUGUUUAUUUUUUUCUUACGCGAUCAAAUUAUUUUUUCAAUAAAAUUUGAUUAAUAUAUAUCUAAGCAAGCUCAAACAGAAAAUCGUGUUAAAAAAUGUAUGAUCCUGUACAGAAUUUCUUCAAUAAAAGAUGACCUAAUCUGUUAUGCAAGAGGA